AUGCCGCCCGGCAUUCCGACAUGUGCUCCUCCCCUGAAGGCAGCUGCUGACAUCCUUCGGCAGCAUCCCCACGCGUCCAUAGAAGUCCUGCCACUCGACCUCUCUCGGCCGGCAUCCGUUGUCCGUUUCUGCCGCCUCAUGCGCUCGAGACUCGGGUUGGAUGGGGUGAUGAUUGGUGCAGAGGAGGGGAUUGGGAAGGAGGGAGAGAAGGUGGAGAGGUUUUUGAAAUUUCACAGAAGCAAGUCUGGUGACGCGGGGAUUUUGGGGAAGGUGGGAGAGAAGGGGGAGAGGCAGCAGCAGAGUUCAAGAGAGGGAAGGGAGGGGGGCGAGAAGGAGCGGAGGGACAAAGGGGGUAACAAAGAGGAGGGACAUAAUGGGGGGCUAGAGGAAGAGGGGACAGUUGACGAGGAGGAGGAAGAGGAGGUGGAGGAGGAGAAGGAGUCUCUAUGGGGCCAGCAGCAGCAGCAGAAGGCGCGUGUGGAGCAAGUUCCCUCCCCCUUGCCUCCCUUAUGUCUCCUUGUUAACAAUGCGGGCAUCCUUUCUCCCACCGCCUCCCACCGCUCUGCACCUGCCGCUCUACCAGUCGACCGCACACGUUUCUUUGUCAAAUGUUUCACUCUGCGCCUCCCCUCCUCUCCCACCUCCUCCCUUCCUUCCCCCCCCCUCCCUCCAAUACCAGUGCGCCAGCUGUACGUGUCUGACGUGGCAUCUCUGGCAGCAGGCGCUGCUGCUCCUGCCAGCUCACCUUCACCUCUCCCAAUAGACCCCGGCAUGGUGCGCACUGCAGUACUGAGGGAGCUGCCCUCGUUCCUCGCGGCCACAGUCAACACCCUCUUCUCCCUCCUCGGCCUCUGUUUGCUCCCUCGCGCCCUCGCCCCUCUCUUCCUCCGCGCCUGCACAGCUCCCCAGCCUUUCAGAAGCCUCCUCUCGCUCCUCCACGCCCUCGUCCCUCUCUUCCUCCACGCAUCCCAUGUUCUCCAGGUGAGUUCUUACUCUCCCCUUGCUUCGCCCCUCCUUUGCCCCUCCUCGCUGCCUACUACCCCAACCCCCACUUCCCCCUCUGUCCCUUUUUGUACCUCUGCUUACUCCCCGACCUCUCCCCAUUUCCUGUUGGACCCAUGA